GGUACAACGUUAAGAUUUUUGGUAGCUAAACUAAUUAAAACCCACCUGUCAAGAAUUUGAGUGUUCUCUCAAGGACCAAAAAACAACAGCUAAUGCCAAAGUCUUGAUUUUGCCAACCAUGUCAUUAUCUCCUUCAAUUUCUCUCUCUCUUUUUACCAUAUCUAGAAUCAUAACCGUCUCAAGGUCAUAAUUGUUCCACACUGCCUCAGUGCCUGUCACUCCCUAAUUUAUUCGUGCACUUCUUCUACUUUUUUCAAAUUCAAAAGCCUCCAUUUCCCUCUCCUGUCCCAAUUUCCUCUUGUCUACUGUUUUUUUUUCUUGAAAAGAGGAUAGAGCAUUUUCGUAACUGUCAAAAAAAAUAAAAAAAAAAUGUCCACACCAUUGACUAUGACCAGGCUUGUUAGAUGGAGAGUGAGGGACUGGGCGUCCUGUUUCUUGGCUUGCAGGUUUUCUUUAGAUGAUGAACAGGAAACGUUUCCCAAUUCAUCAUCUAAACUGCCAAUCAGAAACAUGGUUUUUGGCGUGAAAAAAGACAGUACUAGAGGUGGCAAUAAAAGAAACAAAAAAUUAUCGAAAAAAAAUAAAAAAUUCAGACAGGUAAAUCCUGGUUCAACACAGGCUACUGUUGACAGUAGUGUUUCAGUGCAAAAUUGUAAUAGCAGGGACUCAUGCCGGCCCCACUUGCAAGAUGAGGAAUACAUUGUUUUUUGUUUUGGAGAGGAUGGUGGUUUUGAUGUUGUGAAAGAAUGCAAGUCGCCAGAAACAUUUCUUCAUUUCACUGCUAAUAAUACAAGUCCAAGGUCUGUCAAUCGAAAGCUUCACUGUGUAGAGGUAGAGGUUUCAGAAACAGUUAGGAAGAGCAGCCAUCAGAGGAAGUCAAUUGUUGCAAAUGGACAUGAGACAGAGAUGACUCCUGUUAAAAACGAGGAGGAAGCAGCUGACAGCCAUUCGGGUCUAGACCCGCCUUGUAAUGCUAGAACAAGGUGGUGCCAUAUUGGAGAGAUUGACAAUUGCGGGACGGUAUCUGCUAAAUCUAGCGACUCAAAUCAAUCAGAUGGAAGCAGUACAGGAUCUUUUUCCUUUCCAGUAAUGCAUUGGGAGUUGAUAGGCAGUCCUGUGCAAAUGCCAAAAUCAGAGAGCCUUCAUGCAAGGAAGCACAAGGCCCCCUGUGCUCGUUUUCAAUGUUGUAGAUUCUGAAACUUGUCCUCCCUCUCUCUCUCAGUUUUUCUUCUUCUAGAUAUACUAGGUCUACAUUAAAUAAUUAUUAUUAAUUCUCGAUUUUCUUAAUCACAGUAGCUAUCAAUGCUUGCAUGCGAGGACUUGGUUCAUUUGUAUUUGAUUAAGUAUUUGGUGAGGUUUUUGUAAGCACCAAAGUUGAGGAUCAACUAGAGUUUCCCAUCUAAUUGUGAGGAAGUUGAAGGUUAUUGCAAGCCUUUGACAGAAGCAUAAAGACAGGAACAUAAAUAAUGCUAUAGAGAUAGAACAUGAGAGAAUAAACAAAUGUUUUUCUUAUUAAACAUAUAAUUUUAAUUGGAUUCGACUAUAAUAGCAUGGAUUGGUUUUUGGGACCUUGAA